AUGCUGGUCGUCUCUUUCAUAAUACCGGGUCUUUAUUUAGGUCAGUUCCACCGGAUUUAUGAGGACGAUACUAUUUGCCACAAUGUGGUCGUCGAGUACCCGGACACGGAGAAGUUCAACGAUGGGGUGUGCUCUGUGUUACUACAAGUCGAUCACUAUGGAAGACGCCACGACCAUAGUCCACACACACGUGUCUCGUUCUGA